AUGUACUCCAACGCUUUGGUCUCUGUGGCUCUGGGCCUCUUCGGCUCGGCUUCUGCCCACAUGAUCAUGAACCACCCCGUCCCCUACAGCUCCUCCAAGGUCCAGAGCAGCCCUCUCGACGGCACUACCUACGCCUUCCCCUGCCAGGGUGGCACCGACGCCAGCUACUACACGGGCACUGCCACCGAGAUUGCCGCUGGUGACAACACCACUCUCAGCUUCACUGGCUCCGCCGUCCACGGUGGUGGCUCUUGCCAGGUCUCCGUGACCUACGAGAGCCCCCCACCUGCCGACCAGUCCAAGUGGAAGGUCAUCCACUCCAUGAUUGGUGGCUGCCCCGCCUCCGCUUCUGGCAACAUCGCCAGCGCCGGCACCGACUCUGACGGCCGUCCCAACGGUGUCCAGUGCGACAGCGACAGCGGCUCCGACUGUGUCAGGGAGUACUCGAUCCAGAUCCCCAAGGAGCUCAAGACCGGCAGCGCCACUUUCGCCUGGACCUGGUUCAACAAGAUCGGCAACCGCGAGAUGUACAUGAACUGCGCUCCCAUCAAGAUCACCGGUGGUGCCGACAGUGACGACUACUACAACUCUCUUCCCGAUAUGUUCGUUGCCAACAUCCCCGGCAAGUGCACCACUGGCAACGGUGUCGUCAAGUUCCCCAACCCUGGUGAGAGCGUCGAGACCGGUGACACUGUCGACUCUGCUGCCAUCGGCACCUGCGACUCUGGCCUGAACGCCAACGGCGGUGGCAGCUCUGGUUCCGACUCUGGUUCCUCGGGCUCUUCUGCUGCUGCUACCCCCGCUGCCUCCACCCCGGCCGCUGCCGCUAGCACUCCUGGCGGCGUCUUCGCCCCUGGUGCCGCUUCUGCCUCUUACACUGCUACCUCUAUGGCUACCGUUGUUGUCACCCAGUCGUCGGCUGCUGCCGCCGCCGCCACUACUCCUGCUGCUACCCCUGCUGGCUCUUCCGGUGCUGCUAGCACCCCUGCCAGCAGCAGUGGUGACUGCACUUCUUGCUCUUCCAACGGCUCUGUUGUUUGCAUCGGCUCCGACUCUUUCGGCAUCUGCAACAACGGUUGUGCCGUCAAGCAGGCCCUGGCCGCCGGCACCACUUGCUCGAACGGCAACAUCAGCAAGCGCGACACCAGCAAGGUCCACAAGGACAGCCACCGCAAGGCCCACGCUCGUGCUCUGGCUCGUGCUGCUCGCAACCUCAUCCACAAGGCGAGCGUCUAA